CAAAACAUUCCCCCACUUUCUCACACACACUACACACACUAAAACACCUCUAAAACGCCCAGACCGCCACCAUUCCGAAAGGUCCCCUUCCCUUCUUCUCCAGAUCACACCACCUACGCAAACCCAUCUUCAUUUUCGUCUCUAUUAGCAAAUUAUUCUUCCAAUUUUCCUAAACCCUCUUUCUAUCUUCCCAUAUUUGGACUGCUGGCCCCACAAUUUCACUUGAAUUUUUUCAAAUUUCCAGCAAAAAGAAAAAGAUUGGAUUAGAUUCAUCUAUCUUUAUGUCGAACUCUUUCUCUGUCUCUACUGUGUGACUGUGUGAGAGAGAAAGAAAGGAGAGAGAAGGGGAGAUGAAUAAUGAUAAAGAUAACAAUAAGUUUCAAAGCUUCGACUCUGUCCCGGCCUAAGUGAAAGAAGAGGAGUUGAAGAAUUUUCGGGGCGCGUAGGUUUUGGGGCCGUUAAAUUUCUCAUGGCAAAGCGCGUGUAUGAAGUUUGGAAAGGAAGUAAUAAAUUUUUUCUUGGUGGGAGGUUGAUGUUUGGACCUGAUGCUAGGUCGCUGCUCAUAACCUUGUUGCUGAUCAUUGUCCCAGUUGUUAUCUUUUGUGUUUUUGUUGCAAGGCAUCUUCGACACGAGUUUUCACCAUAUAAUGUGGGAUAUGCAAUUUUUGCUGUAGCUGUUGCUUUUACGGUUUAUGUAUUGGUGCUACUGCUUCUUACAUCUGCUAGGGAUCCAGGUAUUGUUCCUCGUAAUGCUCAUCCUCCAGAGGAAGAGUUCCGUUAUGACACUUCAGCAUCAGUGGAGAUUGGGGGAAGACAAACACCGAGUCUUCAGUUUCCUCGAACCAAAGAAGUGAUGGUUAACGGAAUUCCUGUCAGAGUAAAAUACUGUGAUACAUGCAUGCUCUAUCGCCCUCCCCGUUGCUCUCACUGCUCUAUCUGCAACAACUGUGUGGAGCGAUUUGAUCAUCACUGCCCUUGGGUUGGCCAGUGCAUAGGAUUGCGCAACUAUCGCUACUUCUUUUGUUUUGUGUCAUCCGCCACACUCCUGUGCAUCUAUGUGUUUGCCCUGUCGGCUUUGUACAUCAAAAUUUUGAUGGAUGACCAUCAUGGCACAGUUUGGAAGGCAAUGAAAGAGUCUCCUGCAUCAGUGAUUUUAAUGGCAUAUUGUUUUAUUUCCUUGUGGUUUGUUGGUGGACUCACUGGCUUUCACUUGUAUCUCAUAAGCACAAAUCAGACUACGUACGAGAAUUUCCGCUACAGAGCUGACAACAGGGUCAAUGUCUAUGAUCGUGGUUGUCUGAAUAACUUCCUUGAAGUGUUUUGCACUAAGGUGAAGCCUUCUAGGAACAAUUUCCGAGCUUUUGCACAGGAGGCACCAAGGGCAACUUUGCCCCCAACUAGGGAAGUUGAAAUAGAAGAUGUAGGUGAGGAUAGACGAAUAAAGGUAGAGGAUGAUUUAGACAUUGGUGGUGAUCUGCUAAAGAUCUCACAACGCCAUAAUAUUGAAGACAUUGAAGCAGAUAUUAGAAGCAGAGGCAGUGAUGUGAUCCACCAUAAUUCCUCCGAGGCUGAUUCUGUGCUUGGUUCAGAUAGACGAGCUCCAACGGUUCAAGCAGAGACACGGCAUUCAAGUAGGGGAAGGAGAAGUGAGAGCUGGGAAAUUGCUCCAGAGGUCCUUGGCAUGAACUCCAAUAUUGUAGAGAGUCGUGGCCAUGCUACUUCUAAAGAAGCAUAUCAAUAACUUGUAAAGUUGAUUUAAGGAGCUAAGCACAAGGUUACUUCUUUUGCUUUCUGUUUUGAGGAGGAAGAUGCCAUUUAUUCACAUUUAGCGCAUCAAAUCUAACUUCCCUUGUAGGCCAAAAUCGGUAACAAUAUUUUUGCCCCCUUUGAUUUCUUUCAUUGGCUUUUGUCCCUCCUUCCUCUGGCGGAUACUGGCUCAUAUGUGUUUGGGAAAGCAGCGAAGGGAGUGUGUGUGUGUGUGUGUGUAAUUGCUUGAAAUGAUGAGAGGGAAAUGGGCUUUUUCUAUUCUUUGUAGUGUGCAUUAUAUUUCCUAUCGUCACUUCCUGUUGAUUUUUUCCCCUAAAUUCUGUUUGCUUAUGUGAAUUUGGAACUUUAGAGCUUUGCUUUACUCGGUGUAAAGAAGUGCGAUUCAGAUCUGAAAUUA